GGGAUUCUCGGGCGGAAGUGGCCGGACCGGCGGUCCUAGGAGGCAGAAUCGGGUCCCGGAAUCUGCACAGUGGAGCCUGCCGUGGGGACGCGCCCAACUCCUCGUACUGCGUCGGGUCGCCAUGAAGGACUCGCUGGUGCUGCUGGGCCGUGUCCCGGCGCACCCGGACUCGCGCUGCUGGUUCCUGGCCUGGAACCCCACGGGAACCCUGCUAGCCUCGUGCGGGGGCGACCGUAGAGUCCGCAUCUGGGGCACCGAGGGUGACAACUGGAUCUGCAAAUCUGUCCUUUCUGAAGGCCACCAGCGCACUGUGCGGAAGGUGGCCUGGUCUCCCUGCGGCAAUUACCUGGCCUCUGCCAGUUUUGAUGCCACCACUUGUAUUUGGAAGAAGAAUCAGGAUGACUUUGAGUGUGUGACCACUCUGGAAGGACAUGAAAAUGAGGUCAAGUCAGUGGCCUGGGCCCCAUCUGGCAACCUCCUUGCUACCUGCAGCCGAGAUAAGAGUGUGUGGGUCUGGGAAGUUGACGAAGAAGAUGAGUAUGAAUGUGUCAGUGUCCUCAAUUCCCAUACGCAGGAUGUCAAGCAUGUGGUCUGGCACCCAAGCCAGGAGCUGUUAGCCUCUGCCAGCUAUGAUGACACGGUGAAGCUAUACCGGGAGGAAGAGGACGACUGGGUGUGCUGUGCCACCCUUGAGGGUCAUGAAUCCACCGUGUGGAGCUUGGCCUUUGACCCCAGUGGCCAGCGUCUGGCGUCUUGCAGUGAUGACCGUACCGUGCGCAUCUGGCGCCAGUACCUACCAGGCAAUGAGCAAGGGGUGGCGUGCAGCGGCUCUGACCCCAGCUGGAAAUGUAUCUGCACUUUGUCAGGCUUCCACUCCAGGACCAUCUACGACAUUGCUUGGUGUUCGCUGACAGGGGCCCUGGCUACAGCUUGUGGGGACGAUGCCAUCCGAGUGUUUGAGGAGGACCCCGGCUCAGAUCCGCAGCAGCCCACCUUCUCCCUGACAGCGCACUUGCCUCAGGCCCACUCCCAGGAUGUCAACUGUGUAGCCUGGAACCCCAAGGAGCGGGGGCUUCUGGCCUCCUGCAGUGAUGAUGGGGAGAUGGCCUUCUGGAAGUAUCAGCGGCUUGACGGCCUCUGAGCCACCUUGACUUUGGACGGAAUUAUGGUUCCCCCCAAAAUGUCAUUAAGACUUUUCUAGCCCAAGAAGACCUGGAAGAGCAGCCUGGCCUUCCUUUAACUUGGCUCUCCCGUUCAGAUCUGGGUAGACGUGCGGAGCCAUAUGACUACUCACUCCUUCCCACGUUGACAUGGGCCCUUGGUGAAGAACUGUGGAAGAACAGUACCUUGUAGUUAUGCCACGGAUUUUGCUUCCCUUCAGGACACAGUGCUAAAGUUUGCGGGGUGAAUAUACUACUUAUAAUCACCAUGUUUAUAUAUCAGAGGCACAUAUCUCAGACCUUUCUGAAAUUAUAAGCCUUAUAGAAAUAAUCCAUCUGAGUCCCAAGUCCUA